UCAUUUGCUGAUCGGUACAAACUCGGCUGCGUCCGGCACACUCGGUUCUAUCUCACUGCGGUCAAUCAGUCAAUCCUCCCGGACAGUGAACACGCCCUGAACAAUCAGGGGAAAACAUCAUUGCACUUUCAGACUCAACAAUGACUGCUACUUACGCCCGUCCUAGAACAGCUAGUGCUAAUUUUCUGCCGGCCAUAUCAACAAUGGCAUCAAGUUACAAAGGCCACUAUCCUUUAAAUGUGUUCAGACAAAGCUUAAUGAUGCCUUGGAGACCUAGCACUUAUUACAAAGUAGCAUGUGUUGCUCCUACCAUAGCUGCUUUUACUAAUAAUGUCCCUGGACAUAAUGAAACCAAAACUGUUCAGAUCCCAUCGAAUAGAACAACAUUGUUGACCAGAUACAGUCCCCAGGAUUGGUAUGAAUCUAACCAGACCAGCUACAGAGAAUCAGAGUCCUACAGACACAACGCAGAGAAGCUAAGGGCUGACACUGUUCGUCUGAUUCAGAAUAAGGAAAACAUUACAAAGAAAACACAGUUUGAAACCAACAAAAACUUAGGAGAACGUGUCAAUGACAUCAUAUUUUGGAAAUCUGAAUUAGCUCAUGAGACUGAGCAAAUGAUUGGAGAAACUAAUUCUCUCAUUGAAGUCAAGAAACGAUUAGAGCGAGCCUUGGCAGAGACAGAGGGCCCUCUUCAGAUGGCACAGGAAUGUCUCUAUCAGAGAGAGAAAAGGAUCGGUAUAGAUCUUGUUCAUGAUGAUGUGGAGAAGCAGUUACUAAAGGAGGUUGAAUGUAUAAAGUCCUGUCAAGAAAGAAUGAGAAGAUAUCUGAACAAAUCAAUAACCCAACUUGCAUUAAAUAGAGAAACCCAGCAUGAGCUGGAACGGGAUAUCAGUGAUAAGAACACAGCUUACCGAAUUGAUGGGAAGUGUUACCAGCUGCGAAAUACAUCUGAUGGUAUCGGCUACUACAGAGGAAUCGAUCGUGUGGAUGCUACAAUUUCAGUUCCGGAGUCUUGGGCCAAGUUUACAGAUAAUAACAUUUUACGAUCACAGAGUGAACGAGCUGCAUCUGUUAAACUCCGCGAUGACAUUGAAAGUCUCCUGAAUUCAACUUCAAAUGAGAUGUGGAACCAGUUUAACAAUCUAAAUGUGUCAUUUACAAACCGCAUCUCUGAGACAGCUGAAGCCAAAAAUAAGUUGCAGACACAUCUUGCUAAGACCCUUCAAGUCAUCUUCCAAACUGAAAUGACAAUUGAAAGCAUCAAGAAGGCCAUCAAAGAUAAAGAAGCACCUUUAAAGGUGGCUCAAACCCGUUUGGAUGAACGUACACGGAGACCAAAUGUCGAGCUGUGCCGUGAUCCAGCCCAAAUACACCUUGUUAAUGAAGUCCAUGAACUUGAUAACACCAUUCAGACCUUGCAGCAGAGGCUAAAGGAUGCUGAAGACACUCUACAAAUGCUGGUACAUAAAAAAUCAUCCCUGGAGUAUGACCUCUCUGUUAAAGCAAACACGCUGUUCAUUGACCAAGAAAAGUGUAUGGGAAUGCGUAAAAGUUUCCCAAGCACCCCUAGACUGGUUGGAUACACGUGAAUAAAGAAAAAAGAUAUUGCCUUUCAGAUUACAAUGAACAGAUUUGCCUGACAUUGUCAAUGGUACAAUUACUGAAAAAUAGACUAUUUCUGGUGAUGGGGUGCUAUUUGAAAAUCUGUAUUGAAUAUCAAAGUCAAGUAACUCACAAAAGCUGUAAGCACCAGUGUGUUAUGAUCUUUCAACAAAUUAAAGACUAUCUGAAACUCAA